GCGCGAGGAGGAGGAAGACGACUCCUCGUUUGUGAUGCAGCCCGCGCGACUCCGUCCCCAACUGAGCUACUUCUUCAAGCGGCUCUAGCGCAAAACCACCGCCGUGCGAGAGGGCUAUACAUAGAGAGGCUUGGGCGCGCGGCGGCGAGGAAGAAAUAGACGGAUAGAGGUAUUUAGAUAGAAAGGAAUCGAGAGAGAGUGAGAGAUAAAAAUAGAAAAGGGAGAAAGAUUGGGGGGAGAGAGAGGGAGAGGGAGAGAGGGAGAGAGAGAGAACGAACCCCCCCGACGGACAGACACUCGCGUCUAUCCAGCUGCCCCUGCAGAAGCGCGCGAGCACAAAUAGGUUACAUGAACACAUGCGCGCAUAACACGCGCACGCGCCUACUCCUUCGCUGGCGCACAUGUACAGCGGGAGACGGCGGAACAGUUGAGAGCGGGGUCCCGCGGUUUACAGGCUACCCAAAGCCCAUGUGUGUGUGUGUGCGUCCGCGGCGGCUGCCUGCCUACCUCCUCUGUAUUCUCUCUAUGCCUCACCCGGGACAGGAAUAACGGAAUACCCGGAGCUUUUCAACAGGGACUGAUUGUGAACCCCCACUCCACCCCCACCCCCCUUACAGCGUCUAUACGGAACCAUCAGAUAUCGCAGCGCCGCGGAGCAGGACUACAUGCAGCAGUCCACACACUAUAGGACGAUUGGAUUACAACACUGAUGUUUGAUUCGCCGGCCCUUUUGGUGAAGUUAUAACGGGGAUUUCAUUCAUUCGUUUUUAGUUUUUUUUUCUCUCAGAACGUCGUGGGGAUAUUUUCCUAUCGGCGUGUGCUCACCCCCCCAGUGGAUGCAUGGUUUCGCAGAGAAAGCACACUGUUGCAAUGUGCUUUCACACCGCCGUUCCGGAGCUAUGUGGAAGGGAGACGCUGGGAUGAAGAGGUCGGUCAGCAUGUCAGCCGGCAGCGGCAGGAGGACCCGUCGGAGCCCUAGCAGGAGCGCUGGUACGGGCGCCAACAACUGUACCAGCAGCAGCGUCAGCGGCACCCGAUGUGGAGCUCUGUUCCCGCUGGUCCUCGUGGCGGCGCUGGCGCUCCUCGCCGGGUCCGCCUCCGCCCAGAAGCGGGGCGGCGGCGGCGGCGGCGGUGGCGGCGGAGGGGGAGGCGGCCAGGAGAAGGUGCCGGUGCUGAACAUCGCGGUGAUCCUGGGGCGGACCCGCUACAUCUCGGACCGCGACAUCCGCGCGCUGUGGAGCAAGGAGGAGCCGGUGGACGUCAACGUGCUCACACUGCUGGUCAACGAGACGGACCCCAAGAGCAUCAUCACGCACAUGUGCGACCUGAUGUCCGGCACCAAGAUCCACGGCGUGGUGUUCGGCGACGGCACCGACCAGGAGGCCAUCGCCCAGAUUUUGGAUUUUAUUUCCUCGCAGACACUCAUCCCCAUCCUGGGCAUCCAUGGGGGAUCCUCCAUGAUCAUGGCCGACAAGGAUGACAAGUCGACGUUCUUCCAGUUUGGUGCCUCCAUCCAGCAGGAGGCGCUGCUGAUGCUCAACAUCAUGGAGGAGUACGACUGGCACAUCUUCUCCAUCGUCACCUCCAAGUUCCCCGGCUACCAGGAGUUCAUCAACAUCCUCAAGACCACGGUGGACAACAGCUUCGUGGGCUGGGACCUUCAGAACAUCAUCACCCUGGACGCCGUGGAGGAGGACAGUCGCUCGCAGAUCAUGCUGAAGAAGGUGCAGUCGCCCGUGGUGCUGCUGUACUGCUCCAAGGACGAGGCUCUCUACAUCCUGGAGGAGGCGCGCUCCCUGGGCCUGACGGGCUUCGGCUACAUCUGGAUCGUGCCCUCGCUCACCACCGGCAACCCCGAGGUCACGCCCGAGGAGUUCCCGUCGGGCAUGAUCUCGGUGUCCUACGACGACUGGGACUACCCCCUGGAGGCGCGCGUCCGGGACGGCCUGGGCGUCAUCGCGUCGGCCGCCGCCGCCAUGCUGGCCGAGUACGGAGACGUGCCCGAGACGCGCACUUCCUGCUACGCCCCCCAGGGGGAGAAGCCCGGGAGCAAGCUGCCCCCCAGCGCCCUGCACAAGUUCAUGUUGAACGUGACCUGGGACGGCCGCGACCUGUCCUUCACCGAGGACGGCUACCAGCAGAAUCCAAAGCUGGUGGUGAUCGUGCUCAACAAGGAGAGGGAGUGGGAGAAGAUGGGGAAGCUGGACAACCGCAGUCUGACCCUGAAGUACCCGGUGUGGCCGCGCUUCAACUCGUUUGGCGACGCCGAGAUGGACGACAACCACCUGUCCAUCGUCACGCUGGAGGAGAAGCCCUUCGUCAUCGUGGAGGACGUGGAGAGGCUGACCGGCACCUGCAUGAGGAACUCGGUGCCGUGCCGUAAACACAUCAAGGAUAACACAACUGAGGCUGGGGGCACGUACAUCAAGAAGUGCUGCAAAGGUUUCUGCAUUGACAUCCUGAAGAAAAUUGCUAAGUACGUGAAGUUCACCUACGACCUGUACCUGGUGACCAAUGGAAAGCACGGGAAAAAGAUCAACAACGUCUGGAACGGGAUGGUGGGAGAGGUGGUCUAUAAGAAAGCUGUCAUGGCCGUCGGGUCUCUGACGAUCAAUGAAGAGCGUUCUGAGGUCAUCGAUUUCUCCGUCCCGUUCGUGGAAACCGGGAUCAGCGUCAUGGUGUCCCGUAGCAACGGGACCGUCUCCCCUUCAGCCUUCCUUGAACCGUUUAGUGCAUCGGUUUGGGUGAUGAUGUUUGUGAUGCUGCUACUGGUUACGGCCAUGGCCGUCUUCAUGUUUGAGUACAUCAGUCCUUUGGGUUUCAACCGCAACCUGGCACAGGGCAGAGACCCCCAUGGUCCCUCCUUCACCAUGGGCAAGGCCGUGUGGCUGCUGUGGGGUCUCGUGUUCAACAACUCUGUGCCGGUGCAGAACCCAAAGGGCACCACCAGUAAGUUCAUCGUGUCCGUGUGGGCCUUCUUCGCUGUCAUCUUCCUGGCCUCCUACACUGCCAACCUGGCCGCCUUCAUGAUCCAGGAGGAGUUCGUGGACCAGGUCACUGGCCUCUCCGACAACAAGUUCCAGAACCCGUAUGCCUACUCCCCCCCCUUCCGCUUCGGCACCGUGCCCAACGGCUCCACGGAGAGGAACAUCCGCAAGAACUACCCGGACAUGCACCAGUACAUGAUCAAGUACCACCAGACCGGCGUGGUGGACGCGCUCGUCAGCCUAAAGACCGGGAAGCUGGACGCAUUCAUCUACGACGCGGCCGUGCUCAACUACAUGGCGGGCCGCGACGAGGGCUGUAAGCUGGUGACCAUCGGCAGCGGGUAUAUCUUUGCUACCACCGGCUACGGCAUUGCUCUGCAGAAAGGCUCGUACUGGAAACGGCAAGUAGACCUCGCCAUUCUGGCCAUUAUUGGAGACGGUGAGAUGGAGGAGCUGGAGGCCCAGUGGCUGACGGGGAUCUGUCACAACGAGAAGAAUGAGGUCAUGUCCAGCCAGCUGGACGUGGACAACAUGGCGGGGGUCUUCUACAUGCUGGCCACCGCCAUGGGCCUCUCCCUCAUCACGUUUGUGUCCGAGCACCUCUUCUACUGGAGACUCCGCUACUGCUUCACAGGCGUGUGCACGGGCACGCCCGGGCUGCUCUUCUCCAUCAGCAGGGGCAUCUGGAGCUGUAUCCACGGUGUCCACAUCGACAUGAAGAAGAAGACAGACCUGGACUUCAGCCCGCAAGCCAACAUGCUGAAGCUCAUCAAGUCGGCCAAGCAGAUGACCAACAUGUCCAACCUGGGCAGCUCGCGCAUGAACUCGCCCAAGCGGGAGUUCAUGCACUCGGCGGGCCCCAUGAUCAUGGACAUGAUGGCGGAGAAGGGCAACUUCAUCUACGCCGACAACCGCAGCUACGCGCCCAAAGACGUGAUCUACGGCGACACGGGGGACCUGCAGUCCUACCUCACCAACCGCCACAAGGACCACCUCAACAACUACAUCUUCCAGGGGGGCCAGCACCCGCUGACCCUGAACGACGCCAACCCCAACUCGGUGGAGGUGGCGGUGAGCGCCGACGCCGCCCAGACCAACGCCAAGCCCCCCCGGACCCUCUGGAAGAAGUCGGUGGACACGCUGCGCACGGGGCCGCCGGGCGCCGCGCCCAUGCCCGACAUGCUGAUGCCCGACCCGCGCAUGUCCAUGAAGACCCAGCGGUACCUCCCCGAGGACGCCGCCCACUCUGACAUCUCGGACUGCUCCAGCCGCGCGGCCUCCUACAAGGACCCAGAUAACAACAAGCACCUCAAGUCCAAGGACAACUUAAAAAAAAGAUCGGUGACGUCGAAAUACCCCAGGGACUGCAGCGAGGUGGAGCUGUCCUACUUAAAGACUAAGCAGGUCGGCCCCAUCCAGGCCGGCAGAGGAGGAGGGGGAGUGGGAGGAGAGAAAAUAUACACCAUCGACUCAGACCGGGAACUCAGUCUGCACUCGGAUCCCCUUCACUACCGGGAGAGCCGAGGCCUGGCCGCCGACGACCUGGACUACCCGGAGAUGUACUCGGACCACAACGACAACUACAGGAAGUGCGACCAGCCCAUCAUACACCUCAACUCCUCCCCCAUGCACCACACAGACUCCGACCUCCUCCCCGACAACGCCUACCCCAAACACUACAACAUGAAAGAGAAAAACCUCCCUCUGUCCCCGCACGAGUCCAACGACCGCUACAAACAGACCCACUGUCGUUCCUGCUUGUCCAAAGUCACCCCUGGCUACCCGGGCGGGCCGACCUACACCCCCGCCGCCUCCACCUCCGCCGCCGCCGCCGCCAACACGCGCUCCCCGUACAACCGCUGCGAGGCCUGCCUGCACACGGCCAACCUCUACGACAUCAGCGAGGACCAGCUGCUGGCCGACGCCCUCCUCAACCCCAGCAUGCACCAUCAGCAGCAGCAGCAGCAGCAGCAGCAGCUGCAGCAGCAGCCCCUCGACGAGAUGUUCGGGCUGUACUGGCCGCAGACGGACGGGCCGCACGUGCAGAAGCGGAACCGGCUGAGGCUGAGCCGCCAGCACUCCUUCGACAACAUCAUGCUGGAGAAGCCCAAGGACUCGGACCAGGGGCGCCCGGCGCGCAGUGUGAGCCUGAAGGAGAAGGAUCGCUUCCUGGACUCGGUGUCCGACACGCCCUACGCCAACCUCUUCAGCAUGCGCCCGUACUCCGGCCGGCUGUUCGGCACCGGCUCCAAGUCCAUGAUGUUCAACCACAACCUGGAGGAGAGCAAGAGGAGCAAGUCCCUUUACCCGGAGCACGGCUCGGACAACCCUUUCAUGAGCCACUCCCUGCGGGAGGACCCGAGCAGCAGACUGAUCCACGGCCGCAGCUCAUCUGAUAUUUACAAACAGCUGGCCGCCUCCUCGUCGGUCCAGGCCCUGGGCGUGGCGCCGCUCAAAACGCGCAACGACGCGAACAAUCUGCGCUCCUCCGUCAAGUCCACGACCUCAUACUGCUCACGAGACGGACGGAUAGCCAACGACAUGUACAAUGCAGAGCAUGCAAUGCCUUAUUCUGCCACAAAGACUGGCGCUUACCCGGCAACGCGAGGCGUCCUAAACUCAGCCCAGUUCAGUAAUAGACGGGUCUAUAAGAAAAUCCCCAGUCUGGAGUCAGACGUUUAGUCGAGAUGAAAAGAAAAAAAAAGGAAAAAAUGUUUGAUCUCCUCCUACUUACUCUUCUCUGGGUUUGUAUUAUAGUUUAUCUUAUCCACUUAGGGUCGCAAUAGCCACACAACUUUUUUUGUCCCUUCUUCUCUUCGAACAACCUAAUCUGAAAGAACUACAACACUUCUACUAUUGCUACGUCUAAAACUACAAAUACUCCUCUCUUUGCAGACGAUAUCAUGGUUUUCGUUCAUACUCUCAUAAUAUCAAACGAGUGGGCUGCAUGGCUGGCACUCUUACAUUAGGUUUCCUGGUAGGAUUGAGAAGCGAUCGGAGCGCUAGAGCAUCAGCCUAGCUCUUUCAUAACGUGAGGGACAACGAAAUGCAUCGUCCCCUGAAAGGCACAGAGAAGGCUUACUGAGUGUAAAUAUAUAUAUAUGUAAAUAUAUAUAUAUAUAUAAAUACUGCCAGAGGAGAUGGAAACUAAAAUGUGUUGUUGCCAGAGAUCCCAAAGGAAGUAGUCAAAGCAGGCUUGUGAGGUAACGAGGGAGGCGUGUGUACGAGUUCUCAGAGAGUCCUACACACAGGGGGUAGGGGUUUUGAACGACCUCUCUCUCUCUCUCACGCGCCUAGGCCCCCCCCAGUUGCCUCGCAGGCCAGGGCGGGGAAGAAGAGCUGACAGGGGGGGGGGG